GAGCUACGCCAGCGCAAGACGGGGAAGUCGGUCACCAGCUCGUGUCCCGACGGUUGGACUCACUACAGGAGACGCUGCUACGUGGUCAGCACGUCUGUGGCGAGCUGGGGCAGUGCAGAGAGGACCUGCUCACUGCUAUUUAACAGCAGCCUGACCAGCGUGCGCUCCAGAAGAGACAUGACCUGGCUGUGGAAGUUUGCAGGGAGGAAGCCAUUUUGGAUCGGUCUGUCUGGAGGUCCCGGUCGCUGGAUGUGGGCUGACGGUCGCUCUGUGUCCUUCUCCAGACUGAGGGGGGCGCCGCCGGGCAGCAGUGAGUCCGACGUAGGCUCUGACUGCGUGCUGGUCGAAACGCCCCGAAGCUGGAUCUCCACGAGCUGCUCCCCUGAAACCCAGCACACGUUUAUCUGCUCCUCUUCGGCUCACACUCACUGAGACGCGCUCAGCUGAUUCACUGCUACCCGUCCGUACAACCUCUGUGAACAUGUUACAUAUUUAAUGACACGCUACGAUGCUGCUCUGUACAUUAGUUUAUAUUUUUGUCAUAAUAAAGAUUGAUGCACAACCCAAAAUGAGACUCUUUAUUUAAGAACUAA